AUGAAGAAAUUCCGUCCAGCGAUCAUGUCGGCCUCGCUUGGCCGCGCUGCGGUGCAUCAAUUCGAUCAAAAAGUUCAGGAGGCAGCCCGCGCUGGCUUUGAAGGCAUUGAGAUCUUCUACGAGGACCUCGAACAGCUAGCCAAAACCUUGUACGAUACCGAUGUUCCGGACACUCAACACCUCCUAUACGCUGCACGACGCAUGAGAGUCACACUGGACAACGUUGGUCUGCAGGUAAUAGGACUGCAGCCAUUCCUAUUCUAUGAAGGCCUGAAAGAUCGAAACAAGCACCAGGAGUUGAUCAAAAAGCUGCAUGUCUGGAUCGACUUGACGAAGAUUCUCGGCACGAACACCAUUCAAAUACCUGGCAACUUUCUACCUGCCGAGGAAAUCACAGAUGAUCCCAAAGUGAUCGUGGACGACAUGCGUGAAGUGGCCGAUAUAGGGCUGCUUCAAGAUCCGCCUAUCCGAUUCGCGUACGAAAGCCUGUGUUGGAGCACAUACAUCGACACUUGGGAGAAAUCUUGGGAGAUCGUUCGUCUGGUUGAUCGGCCAAACUUUGGCGUAUGCCUCGAUACGUUCAAUAUUGCAGGGCGAGUGUGGGCCGACCCUUCAUCUCCCGACGGCAAGACGCCCAAUGCCGAUGAGGAUCUUGCAGCGUCUUUACGACGCAUGCUGACGGAUCUGGACCUUGAAAAGGUGUUCUACAUCCAGGUUGUCGAUGCUGAGCGCAUGGAUCCACCGCUCUUGCCUGGCCAUCCUUUCCACACUGAAGGCAAUCCAGCGCGAAUGAGCUGGUCACGCAAUGCGAGAACUUUCAUGUACGAAGAAAGCCGCGGUGCGUAUCUUCCAGUGGAGGCUGUCGCACGUACAUUAAUACAUGAACUUGGAUACAAGGGCUAUGUCUCGAUGGAGCUGUUUUCCAAGACGAUGUCAGAUCCAUCAACAGAUGUUCCCAAAACACAUGCGCAAAGAGGCAUCCAGGCAUGGCAGAAGUUGGUUGAACGAUUGAGUCUUGAUUAA